UAUCCGAAAGCUCCGAAUAGUCGUCAUCGUAUGUUAUAAUUGUCAGUCUGAACCGACCAGUCAGUGCCGCCGCAUCGCUCCAUCCAUCGCGCGGGGCCUAGCACCGUGUAUAUACAAGGCACGUUAUAAUACAUGUAGCGCGAUUAUAUUUCAUACGCGCGCCGCGUUGUGGAUGUGUGUGUGUGUUGCAUCGUCGUUUUUUGAUACAUACUGGCACGGCAUCGAGGCUGCGACGACGACAGUGCAGAUUGCAGCAGCAGCAGCAGCAGCAGCUGCCUGUGCAUGUGCAUGUGCAUGUGUAGACAGGCACCGACCAGUAUAUUACAAGGCGUCGAAUUAGUGUGCUUAUAUAUAUACGCGGGUGCCGUGCACAGUGCACAGCAGCAACAGCAGCAGUCCAUGCGUCGUCGUGACUCUACUCGUUCGUUCCUUCGUGAAUAGUUAUACACAUGUGUAUGUGUGUGUGAGUGAGUGAGUGAGUGACAUGCGGAGUGAGAGUUCGCGACUCCGCAGCAGUUGUCUGUUGUUGUGUUGUCUGCGUGCACAUUGAAAUAAGAAGAGUUAUAAUACGCCGAGAGGAUCGUGCAUCGCGGCUACCGCUGCUAUAUACUCGCAGGGCGUUGACGAUUAUUUAAUUCUUUUUUCAUUAUCUCUCUUCUCUCCCUCUUUUUUUAUGUGUGUGCCUCUCGAGUCGCGAAACCUCGCGUCGCCGUCGUAGAUGUGUGUUGUUUUACAAGUACAUACAUACAAGUAUAUAAGUAGUAGAGGCCCAAUACAAUACCGCACGCACACGGUUAUGAUAUAUAUUUUUGUGUCGAGAUUGUGUUGACCACAGAGCGAGAGACAGAGAGAGAGAGAUACGUAUCUGCUGCUUUGGUGUGUUAGUCAGUGCCCGCGACAACGACGACGACGACGACUUCGUACAUACAUAUAUACGUGCUCGGCGAUUAUGGAUCAGUGUGAGAAAUUCAUUUGUACAAUCAAUCGUCGUCGCGCCUACAUUGCAGAUUGUGCGAGCACCGAUGAGUGUCUGUAAGCUCGGUGCGACGCAGCUUAUAGAACGCUAGACAUAUAUAAUAGUAAAUAAUAAAACAAGUGCAAUUAUUACGCGUGGUACCUCUCAUCUCGCUGGAUAUGUCGACUCGACUCAUCGACGACUUUUUUUUACGGCUAGGAACGAGCGACCAUCACCGUCAGCGCGAGUGCAAGUGCAACAACCACGACAACAACAACCCCGACGUCGCCGUCGCCGACGAUGGCUACGAAAAAUCUGACGACUCCAACAAGCACGCAGACGACCAACAACAACGCCGCUUCUUCAACGGAUUCACAGACGACGACUACUACUGCUGCUCGUACGCGCUUGAGGGUGCUCUAUGAUUUCGAGUACGAGACCAAAGGCAGUCGCGUGCACAUCGUCAAGAACGAGCGUCUCCUGCUGCUGAACAAGACCAACAACGACUGGUGGCAGGUAGUGCGGCCGGACGACUGCACUCCCAAUUACGCCGGUUUUUACGUGCCGGAGAACAGCACCUUCUACGUGCCCAGUGGCUACGUCGUCGAGGAGCCACAGCUACCGGAUACCACGAGAUUCUAUGUUGACAAGGACAAGAUGUUCAAGCAGGAAUCCAGCCAGGACAGCAAGGAUCAGUCUGCUGCCAAGGAGGACGCCAAGGAAGGCUCCAAGGACGGUAGCGGAUCCAGAAAAGGACACGACUCUUUCAGGAGCGUCAUGAGGAAGUUAUCCGGUACCUCGAGUACCAGCAACAGCGACAAAGAUUCCUUAGGUAGCAAUACCAAUAAACCUGCCAAGCCUGCCAAACCACCCAAGGGUGUCAAGAGUGCCAGAAAAAAUUCUGCAGACGCCACAGAUGACUCUAAGAGCGUACAGAGCAAGAGCGGUGGCUCUGUCAGUGGUAAGAGCAAAGAUUUGUGGGAGGGCUCUGCCUUUGGCAUGUGUUUUGGCAGAGAUUCCAAAAAUGUAGACGCUCAAAUGUUAAAUCCUUUCCAAGAGGAAUUGGAAAAUGCCUUGUCCAAUAGACAAUCACAAAAAAGGACCAUAAUCAAUACUAAAUCAACUAUAAGUAAAAGUGAGGACCAAGCCAACGAUGAACGCGAGGAUUCAUCCAAAUUUGAAAAUAUUCAAAGCAAGUGGGAGAAAGUAUCCGCUUCUUUGUUGAAAAAGCCAGAGGGCCAUAGUUUUUUAAGUAAAAUUAAGGAAGACAAAGUUCAAAAGGUCCAAAGCGAAGCUUCUUCUAGCGUAGAGAAUAAAGUUGUACAAAAAACUGAAACAAAAGAAAAAACUAUAGAAAUUAAGAGAUUAUCUGAAGGUACAAUUGAUAAGUUAUACAGCAAAGUUGAUAAAAUUUCUAAAAAUGUAGUUCAAACGCAACCUCCAGAAGUGCCUCCUAGACCCAUAGAGACUCUUAUUCCAGUGGUGACAGCUGUCGACAAUAGUGAGACAGUUCCAUCCGUUAAAUCCGAACCAAGAUGUAAAACUCCAGAGCCGAUAUCCAAAAUCCUGCCGGAGCCUGAAUCGCCAAACACCAAAAAAGAGGCGGAGAGGCUGAUAAACGACAAAAGAAAAAUGUGGGCCAUAGAGACCCUCAUGUCGGAACUGCUGCAAUCCUCGAGCAACUCCAGCUCGACGACCAAAGCGACGGAGUCGAGCAACUCCGACGUAUCCGGGCCGAAUCAGUUGGCGCAGGAGCUGCACGAGAUGAACGCGACGAAGCGCUACGAGAACGCCGAGAUCCAGGUGAAUCUGCUGGACGACGACGAUACCAAAGAAAACGAACUGAUCAGCGGCAUGACCAAGGUCCAGCUGAACUCGUGGAAGAGACGCACGAAGAUCUUCGACUUUCCGCUGGUCACGAGCAAACCCCCGAUAAGUCCCACGGCGAAAUCGCCCAAACUGCUGGACGAGUACAACGAGGCGAACAUACUGAACGACAACAACGCGGCGGCGGGUAAUAAUAAAGCAACGAUGGAUCAUCAUCAUCACGUGGACGUGCGCGAGAAGCCGUCGUACUCGAACGUCUCGACGAGACUGAAGAGGGACAAAGUGCCAUGCAAGCUGAAGAUGCCCACCAAGGACUUUCGCGAGGAGCUGCAGCUGACGCCGUCGCUGGAGAAGUUGGCCAGCGAGAUCAAGUUUUUGCCCGCCAAUUUCAACGAGGCGUACGACGACGCGAGCGGCGACGACGAUGACCACAACGACAAAUCCUCGCCCGAUUCAGAGUAUCCAGGCUCCUGCAUAACUCUAAGCCACGACUCGCUGCGUCUGUACAAGCGUCGCUCCAAGUCCGACUCGGCCCUGAAUCGUCAUCACCAUCGUCAUCAUCAUCAGCUGGAUAACAACAACGGUAGCAAUAGUACCGGGCGACGUUUGACCAGCGUCAUCGCCGACUCGUCGUCGUCGUCGUCGCACCAGCAGUCCGCAAGUAUCGUCAGACCUAAGUCGAGCCACAGUCACGUCGAGAUAUCGUCCAUUCGUUCGACUAACGAGCAGCAGCAUCGAAACAGCCGAUAUCAACCGCAACAGCAGCAGCAGCAACAAUCCGCGCGACAGUCCACCGAGAGCAUCAGUCAUCAUUACCGACCACACGUAGCCGCGAGAUCGUGCAUCAACAACAAGCUCGACCGGAAGAGCAAGAGCAUGGGCGAUCUGGACUGCGACGACGACGACGAAAUGAUGAACGACGAUGACUGCAUGAUGGAGCAGCAGACUACCUACGCGAGCUACGAGAGGGACAACAAGAGGCGAUACAAGCCCGUGCCCAAAAUUAGAUCCAAAGAGUCGUUCAGGAGAUUGAAGCCGUCGCUCAUUUUGCCCAACGCGAGCUCUCAGGAGCGACUAGCCGGCAAACCGGUACCGGCCAAACGUCGCAUGAUACAGCCCCAGACAUUGACGACGACGACGCCGCCACCGCCUCCGAGCCAGCUGGACAGCAGCUACGACGAUCUGAGCUCGUCGGCCGAGCUCGACCUGGACCGCAGCACGGCGCCGAACUUCAAGUCCCUGCUGAGGACGCCCGACAGCGGCUCCGACGAGUGCCUCCAGUACAAAGCCUUCCCGACGGCGAGAUCCGCGACGACGACGACGGACGAGUCGGCCGCGUCGUCCCUCGUCCAGAGCCCCAUCAGCGGACGAAUCUACUCGGCGUCGGUGGUGCAGGACUGCAGCAACUUGCUGGAGAAUCUGGUGGAUCUGCCGGCGGGCUGGAGGCAGGCCUACGACGACGUGGCCAAGCGCAUCUGCUUCUUCAACGAGCAGGGCGACAAGUGGUUCUCGUCCAGCGACGCCGAGGGCAAGAUCUACUUCUUCGAGGAGAACAGCAAUCAGUCCUCGUGGACGUUGCCGCUGUCCGGCAGGCAGCAGCAGCUAGCCGCUACUACUACUACCGCGACUACUACUAACGUGAAUCGAGACAACCUGAGGCCGAAGGGUGUGACGGGCGUCGUUGCCGAUUGGCCUCAACUUUUCGAUGGAAACAUGUGCAUCUUGAAGGAGGGCAUAAUCAAUAAAACCAAAAUAACGACGGAGAGCGGCAAGAAAUUGAGAAAGGCCUGGUGCAACUCGUACGUGGUUUUGACCGAGUUGUUUUUAUUGUUUUUCAAAGAUGCGAAAUCUUUCGCUGCGAUGAAAAUGGACCAAUCGACGGGAGCCAAGCCUGAAAUAUCUGUGGAUUUGAACGGUGCCUUCAUAGAACCUGUGGAUAAAUUAAGUAAUAGGAAAAACGUUUAUCUUAUUAAUACCCUGCUGGGACUUCAAGUAUUGAUACAGUCGGACAAUGCGUCGUCCAUAGCCGAGUGGUAUCGAGAAAUACUUAAUGCCAUCCAAAGGCUGCCAUUUAGUCAAGGGUAUGGGAAACUUUCCUCAUCGAGGGAAUGAAAGAUGGUUGUUGAAAUCGUGUAGUUAUGUGUAUCUACUUUAUUCCGAUGAAAAUUCGUUAACUUUCCAAAGUCUAGGUCUUAUUGUUAAGAGAAAAGAAAAAAAUUAUGAAAUGACGUAAAUUAUAUAAUUGUACAAUGUUAUCCGAGUAUUUUUAUAUUACUCGUUAUUACAAAGUAAUGCUUAUUUUUAAAUUUAUAUGUAUACUUUAUGUUAAGCAUAAAAAUCGAGUCUUUUAAAGUAUGUUUUUUAAAAAAAAAUAGAGGUAAAACUAGGUAAAUUGUUAUUACUGUAUAGAGAUAUUAUAAAUGCAUUUUAAUGAGUAUAAAAAUAGUGAUUUUAUUAAAGAUAUUUUUUUCUGCUUAUACACAGAAAAAA